UCUUCCGGCGUGGUGACGUCAGGUCAGCUGAUCUGUGCUGAAGGUAAAGAUGUCGCUGACAGACAGUGGAAGAAGGAUGGAGGCUGUUUUCUCCGCCGUGUUCGCCCUCUGCUUCCUGGCUUCAGGUGUACAUGGGGACAGCUUGACAGUGCUGCAGGCUCCAGAGUUUGUGUCCUUUCAGAAAGGAGACUGGCCUGUUUCUGGAGAGAAGAUCCCCGACCUGGUGGCUGUAACCAUGGGCUUCUCUGUUAAGGAGGAUCUGUCCUGGCCAGGCCUCCAGGCUGGUCCAUUAUUCCAGCGUCCCCGUGCUAACGUACUGGUGGUGGUGAGAGGCGUUGACAGCUUGGCGCUGCCUCAGAGUGUGGCCUCCUACCCCUUGGAGAAUCCGGUACCUUUUACCCUGGAUAGUGUUGCAGAGACAGUCCACUCUCUGUUUGCGGAGGACACCCCUGUAGUGUUGCAGCUGGCCCCUAGUGAGGAGAGGCUGUAUAUGCUGGGGAAGGCUAACGCAGUGUUUGAGGACCUACCAGUCACCUUGCAGCAGAUUCGUGCUCGUCUGUCCCAGGACGGCUCUGUGCUGUCCUCCCUGCCUCUCAACUCCCUCAGCAGAAAUGCAGAGGCGGAUCUGCUCUUUCUGUCUGAGGUCCAAGUCCUGCACGAUAUCACAGCUCUUCUACAGAGACACCGACAUUUGGCUAAGGACCACUCCCCUGACCUCUACUCUUUGGAACUGUCUGGCCUGGAGGAGCUGAGCCGCCUUUAUGGUCAAGACUCUCCCCAGUACCGUGAUGCUACUGCCAUUCUUGCCUCUGUCCUGCAGAAGUUUGGAGAGGAUGUGUAUGGUCUCUAUGGCAACAGUGCUGUAGUGGAGGUUGUGACGGUGAAGACCUUUGAGACUCCUUUGACCAGGAAGUCCCGCUCGAUCCUGGAAUCCAAACAGAUCAGUAACCCAGGCAGCCCAUACAACCUGGCCUACAAGUACAACUUCCACUACGCUGUCAUCUUCAACAUCGUUCUGUGGCUCAUGAUCACUCUGGCCCUCGCCGUCAUCGCCAUCUCUUACAACCUGUGGAACAUGGACCCGGGAUAUGACAGCAUCAUCUACAGGAUGACCAAUCAGAAGAUCAGGAUGGAUUAAGUCCUGACCAUCGACACUCCAGCUGUUCCCGUACUCCCCUGUAGUGAAUGUUGGUGUUUUGUGCGGUCUUGUUUAGUGAAAGAACUGUGACCACUUGAUGGGAGAAAGAGCAUAAUACUGACUCACCUCUUUGUUUACAGCACUGGCAUGAUAACAGACAUGACAAAAAAUAUAUUGCAGUGUUUUGCUCUCAGAAUUGUUGACAUAAAAUGAUUCGAUAUCAUCUUCCACCGGUGUCACGUCAUUCCUGAUGAUUUUAUCUCCUCAUCAACUACGUUUAAUUUUCCGCCUAGUGAUUGCAAUUGUUAUUUUUAUUGUAAAAAAGAAACUAUUGUAAUGUCAUGAGAGAACGAGAUUUGUCUGGUUUCUGUGUGCAGUUGUUGUGCUUGUCUUGCUGUGUGAAACUGUUAAGUUAAAUUAAAUCUAUGUGUAUAUAUUGAAUAUACAAAAUGCAACUAAAUGAGAAACUGCUGUACUCUUAUUGUGAAAAGAUUUGUGUAGUGUUUAUUUCAGGUACCCUGCUUCUAUUCCAAAUGAUAAAUACAUGUGGGUUUACUUAAAUACUUGAUCAUAUUGAAGGUUGUUAAGGAUUGGAUGUGAAUAAAUGAAGCUCUGUAAAUUGCAAUAAAAUACCUGAUGAUAAAUUAA